UAUAUAUAUAUACAAAAUAUAUUGGGUAAAGGCUGAAGUUGGGGUUGAUAGUAACCGUUUAAACGCGUUUUGCCAGAGAGGACGAAGCUAAUAUUUGCACGCUAUUUAUAUAGGCUAUCGCAAUUGUAUUUUUCGUCCAUGUCAAAUGUAACGUUAUAGGCGGAACAGAAUAAUACCAACUUGUAGACUUUCAUUCCGGUCAAAAUGUCUAAACUACAGUUGCUGAACGUGUAUGUUACUGAACGACUAACAGCGGCUGUUGCAGAGAUAUCCGUGGCGGUCGACAGGACAGUAGUAGAGUUGUAUGAAGAAAUGUCCCGUUCUAAGGAGGAGAAUAACCGUCUGCGAAGGCUGUUGGAUUUGUUUGUUUUUAACCCGGAGAUAAAGUUAUACAGAGCAGAUCCCCAGCAGCUCACUUUCCUCAAAUCUGAAGAGGAGGUUCCCACUGAGCAGCAGGACUGUGAGCAGGAGUGGCGAGUCAGGCUGAUUCAUGAGGGCCCAGAGCCCAGACUGAUUAAAGAGGAACUGCUUACCAGUCAGGAGGAAGAUCAGCUUCUAGGGCUCUUGGAUACCAAAGACUCCAUAUUCACUUCUCCCUGUGUGGAAAGUGACUGUGAUCAGGAGAACCCAUCUCAGCCCUCACAUCUUCACCAAACCCAAACAGUUGAGGACAGAGAGAGGGACACUCUACUCACCAACACAUCUAUAGAGAUCAAACUAGAACCUGAUGUAGAGGACUACAGAGUAUCAGAACCAGCCAGUGACUCUCAGCCCCUCUCUGCAGUAACUCCAGACUGUUCUGCAGCUCAGGGUGAAAACAGGAAAAGUGAUGAUGAGGUGGAGAGUAGAGGACAACAAUCAGGGUUUAAGACACUCAAAUCAAAGGGAAAACAGACAAAGAAAGGAGAAAGGUUCCAUACCAGAACUGGAGGCAGGAGGGGUAAAUCCAAGAAGUGUACCAUCCGUAUGUGUGGGGAGUGUGAGCCAUGCAGGAGGACUGAGGAAUGUGCUCAGUGUGAUUUCUGUAAAGACAUGAAGAAGUUUGGAGGAUCCAAUAAGAUCAGACAGAAGUGCAGACUCAGGCAGUGUGACGUCCGCGCUCCGGGUAAGUCCAUUCCACCCGCUCAGGGUGAGUCCAUUCCACCCGCUCAGGGUGAGUCCAUUCCACCCGCUCAGGGUGAGUCCAUUCCACCCGCUCAGGGUGAGUCCAUUCCACCCGCUCAGGGUGAGUCCAUUCCACCCGCUCAGGGUGAGUCCAUUCCACCCGCUCAGGGUGAGUCCAUUCCACCCCCUCAGGGUGAGUCCAUUCCACCCGCUCAGGGUGAGUCCAUUCCAUGCUCCGGGUAAGUCCAUUCCAUGCUCCGGGUAAGUCCAUUCCAUGCUCCGGGUAAGUCCAUUCCACCCGCUCAGGGUGAGUCCAUUCCACCCGCUCAGGGUGAGUCCAUUCCACCCGCUCAGGGUGAGUCCAUUCCACCCGCUCAGGGUGAGUCCAUUCCACCCGCUCAGGGUGAGUCCAUUCCAUGCUCCGGGUGAGUCCAUUCCAUGCUCAGUUGACUCCAUUUACAUUUCGCAGACGCUCUUAUCCAGAGUGGCUUACAGGGCAAUUAGGGUGAAAUGCAUUGCUCAAGGGCACAUCGACAGAUUGAAUCCCAGAGCCGACUAGGUGAACAAACUAGCCAUCUUUCGGUUACUGGCCCAAUGCUCUGAACCGCUUGGCUACCUGAGUCCAUAGAGAAAGGGCGCAUUUGGACCAUAGUUAGGUGCUGCCCAUGCUAAAACUAAGCAACCACCAAAUCUCACCAAAAGGAGGGGGUGCCUUUAUUAAUUUACAAUAUUGAAGCAUCUGACCUUAACCCAACACCUAGUGACCUCAUCAAGAGGAUCUGUUUUAUCUAUGCAUAGUCACUUCACCCCUUGAUCUCAACUAACCUGUACCCAGCACACUGACUCGGUAAAGGUACCUCCUGUAUAUAGCCUCGUUAUUGUUAUGUUACUUUUUUUUCUCAAGUUUAUUUGGUAAAUAUUUCCUUAACUGUUCUUGAACUGCACUGUUGGUUAAGGGCUUGUAAGUAAGCAUUUCAUGGUAAGGUCUACACCUGUUGUAUUCUGCACGUGUGACAAAUAGUUUGAUUUGAUCACUUUACGUAAUUGCUAAGAUGUUGGGUUGACAGUCGCUGGACCCUGGUUCGAGUCUGACGUGGCUUCAGUAUAUUUGAUGCAUGAUGUUCUCUCUCUGUGUCUGUGCGUGUAGAAAUGCUGCGUGUGAAGGAUGAGGAGGUUGACCUGUCUGGCUUGGGGAGCCUGAGGAGAGGAGGACAUCGGUCUGAUGACUACAGUGAGAAUAAG